GUCACGAUGGCAGCAGAUGGCAGUUUCGUGAGAGGUUGAGGCGGUAAACAAAGCCGCCAAAUCGCCACUUUGCGCUGCGCUGACUGCCUUCCUAGGCCUACCCGGAGGCUGGUGUGGUAGGGGGCGGCGAGAGGCCAUGCCACAGAAGAAGAAGGAGUGUCUGGGAGUGGACAAGCCGGCCCCGGAGCUCCAUGCUGACCAUGAACUCUUCCUCCAAGCUUUUGAAAAACCCACACAGAUCUACAGAUACCUAAGAUCAAGAAAUGUGCUUAGUCCAAUCUUUCUUCAACGUACACUAUACUACAUGCGUGGGAGGAUGAGCCGCAGUCACAAGAACAGAAUGUCGUUCAAACUAGACUGUUUAUUGGACAAGGUGACCCAGAAGAGCGAGCGGCAAAAUGAGCGUCCAGCUAGCUACCUCAAUAUAGCCUUCACCGGUUUCCAUGAUGAUAAAUUGGAAGGUGUGUGUGGGGAUGUGGCCCGGGUGGAGACUUUUAUCGUGAAGAUGUGCCACAAGAAACGGAAAGAGUCGUCGGCGCCAUUAAUGCAAGUAUCAGUAGGGACGCAAGAUGUGAACAUCAAUCCGGCAGAAGGUGAAGGGGGCGGCGGGCGGAAUUCCUGCCUAAGUAUCCCCACACACAAUUUUACCUCCAGUAACGGCCACCAAGUCAAGUCAUAUGUCAUAGUAUUUCGUGUUUCAUUAGUGCACGAUCAAGAAAACGCUGGGGAGCCUGUGGUUAAGCGGCGUCGUGUCGGCCGAAGUGCAUCGCAGGACUCACAAGAUAACAUACUGUCGGUUAGCACUAAUGCAGUCAAUGGGGAUAGUCAUGGUGGUGGUGGUGGUGUAGGAUCGACGUACUUUGGCGAAUUAGUGAUGUUCGAUCGCCACGGACGUUGUCUACUAACUCCUGGGCAGUACGAGUUAAUGUUGGAACUUCAAGCCGGGGAGUCGACCCAGCUUUGUAAAUCCAGCCCAAAGAAGAAUGCAAGUUGGGAGAGUAUUGAUACCCUCAAAUUUGAUGGUAUAUUUAAUAAUAUUCCUGUUCUUAAGUUUACAUUAAACUGGAACAGUGAAAACUCCACUUCUGUCAUAGAACGGCCGAGAUUACGACCUCUCAAGCCUCUAGAUGUCGUCUUGGCUAAUAGUGCAUCCACAAAACCAAAGCCUCAAGGUGUGGCUAGUCCUGAGGCUCCCCAGCUGGUGCUCUACCAAUUUGUGUAUAACAACAACAGUCGACAACAGACCGAAGCCAGAAGAGACUUCCACUGCCCCUGGUGCUCGCUCAACUGUAUGGCCCUCUACUCGCUCCUCAAACACCUCAAGCUCUGUCACGCGCGCUUCACCUUCACAUAUGUUCCACAUCCUAAAGGAGCGCGAAUUGACGUUGCUCUCAAUGAAUGCUACGACGGCUCUUACGCGGGGAACCCACAAGACUUGGUAGCAAUGCCGGCCGGGUUUGCGUUUUCCCGGAGCGGGCCCACGCGCCGAACGCCAACCACUUCAGUAUUAGUCUGCAGACCAAAAAGACCGAAGCCUUCAUUAUCGGAAUUCCUAGAGCAGGAUGAUGAUUUUGAUUUACCUCGGUCGUAUAUAUUAGGCCAUAAUAGAUUGUAUCAUCACACAAUGACGUGCCUCCCUAUACAACCCCACGAGCUUGACGAGGACAGUGAAGGAGAACACGAUUCUGAAUGGGUUCGGCAAAAGACACAAAUGAUGAUUGACGAGUUUUCUGAUGUCAACGAAGGCGAGAAGGAAUUAAUGAAAAUGUGGAAUCUACAUGUUAUGAAAUACAAGUAAGUUGGCAGGUAGUUAUUUGCUAGAAUA